AAUGAGACGAAAAGAGAAGAGAAGCGGAAGUUGUCCUCUUCCUUUGCAUCAUUCUUUAGAUCUCUGUCUAGGUUUUAUCCUUUACGUAGUAGUUUAGACUUGUUGCUGGGUGUUUUUCCAUGUGUUGUUCUUUCAUGAUUCGUUAGAUUUUCUCUUCUUUUGGGGUUUUUCCAUGUGAUUUGAGUGAGUUUUCCCCCCAAAUCUUCUCCUUGUUUCUAUCCGAUGUGAUUUGAGUGAGAAAAAUAAAGAGUGUUUUUUGCUUGAUUUAGCGCCCUCUAAACUUAUCUUCUAUGUGUUUGUUCAAGAAAGGACUGUCCUUUCUGUCAUUUUUGGGUAGAUCCGAGCUUGCUUCCAAGUUAAAUUGUGGUCAAGGGGAUCGGCAGUGAAAAGGUGGAAGCUUUGUUGCUUCGUUUAUAGUGUUUCCGCUAGUUAUGGUAGUGUUUAUCUCCAAAUCUCUUCGGUUUCUUGUUCUUCCGUAAUGGGGAAGGUGAAGUGAGGAAGGAUUGCGUUAGUUGAAGUCUUCAGCCAUGACUUACUUCCCGGAGGAGGUGGUGGAGCACAUAUUCGACUUCGUCGGGUCACACCGCGACCGGAACACGGUGUCGACGGUGUGCAAGGCGUGGUAUCAGGUGGAGCGGCUCAGCCGCCGGACUGUGUUUGUUGGCAACUGCUAUGCCAUCGGACCCGAGCGAGUGAUGGCGAGGUUCCCCGGGAUAAAUUCGCUGAGCGUCAAGGGGAAGCCCCAUUUCGCUGACUUCAACUUGGUUCCCUACGAUUGGGGCGGCUUCGCGCUCCCCUGGAUUGUAGCCGCGGCGCGUCUCUGUCCUGGUCUGGAGGAGCUGCGGCUGAAGAGAAUGGUGGUCACCGAUGAUGGCCUUGAGCUCCUUGCGCGCUCCUUUCCCAACUUCAAGUCACUUGUUCUCAUUAGCUGUGAAGGAUUUAGUACGGAUGGGCUUGCUGCGAUUGCCACAUAUUGCAGAGGUCUGAGGGAGUUGGAUUUACAGGAAAAUGAGGUGGAAGACCAUGGGUGCCAAUGGCUCAGCUUCUUCCCUGAUUCCUGUACUUCUCUGGUCUCCCUAAACUUUGGUUGCCUUAAAGGGGAGGUCAAUGGAGGUGCUCUGGAGAGGCUAGUUGCUAGGUGCCCAAAUCUCAGGAGCUUGAAGCUUAGCCCUGCAGUAUCUGUGGAGUCACUAAACAAGAUCCUUGCUCGGGCAUCUCACUUGGUCGACCUUGGAACUGGAUCUUUUGCAGUUGACCACCGAACCGAUGUUUAUCACACGCUCAUGAAUUCCUUCCCCAAAUUCAAGUCAUUGAGGAACUUGUCAGGGUUCUGGGAUGCUUCUCCUUGCUGCCUUAGAGCAGUCUAUCCUGUCUGCACAAGCUUGACUGUUCUUAACUUGAGCUACGCUCCUGCAAUUCAGGGUGAUGACCUUAUCAAGAUAAUUUGCCUUUGUUUUAAGCUUCAAAAGCUCUGGGUGUUGGAUAGCAUAGGGGAUAAAGGAUUAGCCGUUGUGGCCUCCACUUGUAAAGAGUUGCAAGAGUUGCGGGUAUUUCCGUGCGACAUCUAUGGUGCUGGAACUACUUCUGUGACUGAAGAAGGUUUGCUUGCUGUAUCUUCAGGAUGUCCUAAACUUAACUCAUUGCUUUACUUUUGCUACCAAAUGACAAAUGCUGCACUAAUAACCGUCGCAAAAAAUUGCCCACAUUUCACACGAUUCAGAUUAUGCAUCCUUGAUCCUGGAAAGCCAGACCCUGUCACUAAUCAGCCACUUGAUGAAGGUUUUGGUGCAAUCGUGCGUUCAUGUAAAAACAUCAGAAGGUUGUCGUUGUCAGGUCGUUUAACAGAUCAGGUUUUCUUGUACAUUGGCAUGUACGCAGAACGUCUCGAGAUGCUGUCAAUUGCAUUUGCUGGUGAUAGUGAUAAGGGGAUGAUUUACGUGCUCAAUGGAUGCAAAAAUCUCAGGAAACUUGAAAUAAGGGAUUGCCCGUUUGGCGAUAUUGCGCUCUUGAAAAAUGUGGCAAAAUAUGAAACAAUGCGAUCCCUUUGGAUGUCGUCCUGCGACGUCACCCUGGGAGGUUGCAAGGCUCUUGCGGCAAAGAUGCCAAGGCUGAACGUGGAGAUCAUAAAUGAAAAUGAAGAAACCUAUGAGUUUGAAGAAAAUCUUAGUGAUCGCCACAAGUUGGAGAAGAUUUAUGUUUAUCGAACUGUUGCUGGGCCGAGAAAUGAUGCACCAGAUUUUGUUUGGACAUUGUAGUAUCAGACACAACAGCCCUAUAUUUGUAAGUCCAUCUGAUGUUUUGUUUGUUUUAACAUUGAGAAAGUGUUACUUGUCAAUACUCUGUUUAGCUUGGUUGGCUUUGUAGAUUGAAGCCCGAGUUUGUGGAUUUGCUCUUAUGUAAUCUUUGUAGCUGUUUUCUCUCUUUAAUGGUAGAUGAAAAAGAUUAACAGUCA